GCUAGUUAUUCUUUUGUGUUUUUGGUUAAACUUCUUUUUGGGAUAGAAGCUAAUCAUUGGUGCUAAUUGGUUUUUUUAGCGUUCGUUUUCUAGAUUGCAAACCGUUUGUAAAAGAACGAAUUCCGUAUCUUAUAAUGGCAGGUACUUGUGUUACGACAAUUAAGGUUCUUGGAGCCACAUCUUUAGGGUUAUUGGCUGGUAAUUUGACUUACCAGUCCGUUGAGUCGAUCCCGCUUUUGAUUAAUCAAUUAAAGGCCAAGGUUUCGAUCAAUUCCAAUGAGAUUUUGGGGAAAGUUUCCCUGGUUAUUAUCAAUACCAGAAUAUCUAAUCUUGUCUUGGGGGCUAUCAGUACCGGAUUCUUGGGAUUAGCAUUCAUUGCUUCAGCUCCUAGAGAUAAGCAUCCUUAUAUUUUAUACUCUGCUCUUAGUGUUCCAAUUGGGAUUAUUAGUAGUUACUACAAGACGUUUAAGUAUGAAGCUAAGUUAUUGAAGAAAUCUAAACAAGUUUUACCAGUUAUUCCAAAUCAAGAUCAAUCGACUGAAAAAGAUCUUGCUAAGAAGCAAGAUUCCCAACAAGAAUUAGAGAAAAAGAGAGAAUCCGAUGAAGAUUCACAAUUGGGUAAAUCCUAUAUCCAUGUUUCUGAUGAAGACUCAUCUUCCAAUACUUCGACUCCAAAUUCUAGUGUUCCAAACUCUCCAAGACAACCUGCUUCUAGUGAAGAAUCCAAGUCCCUUAAAGAUUUGGAACAUGAAUUAACCAUUGAAGAAGAAGUGGAGAAUGCCUUAUACAAGAAGGAAUACAUCAAUGACUUGGGACAUGUCAAAUCCGGUUACAACAUAGGAUCCUCAAUUACUGGUUUGGGAUUCUUGAUGGUUGUUGUAGGACUCAUUGGUGAUACUUUUUUCUUGUAAGUUGAUAAUUCUUAUAAUGGAGUUUUGAUGAUGGGGAGUUUUCUGUAUUUAAAUAUUCUAAUCUUUGUUUUUUUAAUUUUUUUUUUUUCUUCUUUCUUCUUGCUUUUGUAUGAUAUGGC